AUGCGAGGACGUCCCCCUGAGCCGGGUCUCUUACUGUAUUUACAUAUUGUGUCUGGGGUCCUCGGUGUGUCCUCCUCUCCUAAAGCGAAGCCAUGUGCGGCCAGAGAGACGCCAAUUGGACCCAGACGGUUUCCCAGAAGCAGCGGAGGCCUUCCCCCUGCCCUCCUGAACACUCCCCCAGCCUCACAAAGCACCCCACAGUGUCCGAACCUGACCUCAGCGGAGGAUGUGUGUGCUCCGAAGACGCUGUCACGCAAAUCCUGCAGCCUACGUGCACAGCAGCUGCAAGAAAUUGACCUUUACAGGCAACUCUUUGCACAGGUGCCCUAUUCACAGCAGACAGCUGCCCUUUUUGACCUGUUGGCGGCUCUUGGUGUUCCUGUCUGGUGGUACCCUGUGUGCCCCCCACACAGUCACAGAGCGGGACGCAGCGCCAUGGUAACUCACAGCAAGUUUGUCUCCGUCAUGAGCAGCAGCCCAUUGGACUCCACAAGCAUGAGGCUGCACCAGCGUUACAAGACUUUUAGCUCCAAGGCUCAGUACCAGAUGGUCCUCUCCACCCUGCACAAACUUCAGGAGAGUGGCUUCUACUGGGGAGCGAUAAAUGGCAAGGAGGCCAACGUCAUGCUGGCAUCAGAGCCCACGGGUACUUUCCUGGUUCGGGACAGUUCUGAUAACCGCCAUCUCUUCACCUUAAGCGUCAAAACGGCAUCUGGCACCAAGAACUUGCGCAUCCAGAUCGAUUCAUCGUCUUUUUUUCUACAAACGGACCCUAAAAAUGUUCUGUCAGUACCUCAUUUUGACUGUUUCUCAGAGCACGAGGAGAGCCCAAUUCCCGCUAUAGUUGCUAUGCCUGUUUACAAUUCCACAACUGCAGGUCGCCAUGGAGAUGUCGUCAAUGAGCUCCAGAUGCCAGAUAUGGGAGCCAGCCCUGAAGCGAGCAGUGAGUCACCCAAGAGCAACUAG